AUGGUGUACUCCACGACGAAGAUGGCGCGGUCGGCGGCGCCCCGCUCCACGGCCGCUAGCGCGUCCGCGAAGGCCCGGCACGGGAGCGCUGAGCCCUGGAACACCACCCAGAGCUUGGUGGCCGCGGCGGCGGCGCCCCCGCCGGCGGCGCGGGUGCGGACGGAUCCUGGCCUCUGCCAUGGACGGAUCCAGGCGGCGCGCCUCCGCCAUGGACGGCGACUGCGGGACAAGGUCCGAUUCGUUGGAGUGGACUCGCCGGCGGGCGGCGGCGGGAGCAAGGCCGGGCGGGGCAAGAACACCCGCGGAUGCUGCCGUAGCUCGGGGGCGGCGGGGGUGCCCGAGCUCGGGGUCCACAGCGGUCGGCCGCGCGGGCAGGAGAUCCGCCGUGUGCGCAUGCAUCACGAGAACGCAUUCUGCACAGAGUAUGAGAAAUCAAAGUUUCUCGCCGACAGAAUUGCAUUGCAGGCAGCGGCAGAGGAGGCGCCCAUCACACUUGUCUACCCCGGCGUUAUAAAAAGAAAAAACCUACCGGGCCCCGCCCCCCAGCCCGCCGUGCCGCCCCACCGCCGGUCCCGCCGCGCCGCGCCGCCCAACCCCACCCAGCCGCGUCGCGCCGCCAUCGACCCCACUCCGCCCCGCCGGCGGCCCCGGCCCCGCUCCCCGCCGGCCCUGGGGGAGAGCCCGCGUGCAGCGCUGUGCCUCGCCCGGCUCCCGGGGAGGUCGCUGGAGCUCUGCCGCCCCGCCGCCGGCCCCGCCCCCGCUUCCCGCCUCCGCCUGCGUCGCCGGCCCUGGGGGAGCCCGUGCACAGCGCCAUGCCUCGCCCGCUCCGCCCGGGGAGGUUGCUGGAGCUCCGUCGCGCUACCGCCGACCCCGCCCCCGCUUCCCGCCUCCGCCUGCGUCGCCGGCCCUGGGGGAGCCCGCGCGCAGCGCCGUGCCUCGCCCGCUCCGCCCGGGGAGGUUGCUGGAGCUUCGUCGCGCUGCCGCCGGCCCCGCCCCCGCUCCUCGCCGCCGCCUGCGUCGCCAGCCCUAGGGGAGCCCGCCGCAGCGUCGUGCCUCGCCCGCGCCGCCGCCGCCCGGGAUCUCACGGAGAGAGAGAACGGGGGAAAGGAGAAAGAAAAAAUGGAGCAGAGAGUGUCAUUGCAAGGCAUCUAG